GCCUCCAUUGCCAGUCGUCAAGCACGACAAAAACAAAAACAAAAGAAAGCUGCCGCAUUACAAACAAAAGCAACAGGGUCAGGUAGUGGUAAAUCAGGUAUACCCAGUAGUAAAUGUGUACAAUCAGCAUCCAAAAUAAAUUUAUCAUCCGGUACACCACAAAGCAAACAAUUCCAUAAUUUACCAAGUAAUUAUUAUAAUCAAAAUCAACAAUUUGGUAUAAAUAAACCAAAAUCAAGUCCUGCUGAACGUUCAAGUUUAACUACUGGUUUAAAACCACCUGGUGCUGUCUCUCGACGUAAUAGUUCAAAUGUUCAUCAUCAUAGUCAUUUAUUAAAGCCUUCAGAAACAGUUUCCGGUCAUUUAUCAAAAGCCAAAUCCACAACCAAAAUACAUCAUUCACAAUCAUGUGUAUUUGCCACAAAAGAUAUACUUCCAAAUCAUCCAUUCUCACCCACUGAUCAACAUACCUCUUCGACAUCGCAUCACCAUACACAUCAUACACACAUACAUCACAAAUUCCUAAUACCCGAACCACCAGAACGUUCAGAUAGUAUUAUCGAUCCAACUGCUAUUGCAAAGUCUUCCCUUGUACUACCAAUUAGUGGUGCUGAUGUUGGCGAUGAUGUUGGUGGGAAACCAUUGGAGCGACGUUGUAGUGUUCGCCAUCGGGAUGCUACGCAACAUGAAUUCGAUGACAAUCAUAUGUCGUAUGACAAUCAGAAUCAGUUAAAUCAUCAAAUGGGUUACAAUGAAGAUAGACCAAGAUGGGAUAUUAUGGGUUACAAUGAUGAUUCACAUGAUAAAUAUGAUUGUGGUAGUCUUGAUUUCCCAUUUUCAGAGUGCUCGCAGGGUCGUGCGGCAUGGCAAGAACGCGAACGCGAACGCCGUGGCUCCCUGACUGAAGCAGCACUCAGUCAUCGUGCUCGACAAACUGAGGCACACCUACGAUGGAUGAAACGUAACAGAAUUCAUGAUGCGUCUUAUGGAGGAAGUUCUGAUGAAGAAGAUAUUCUUGGUGGACUAUAUGGAAACCAAAGUGCAGCAGCCAAUGCACUUUUAUAUGUCGGCCUAGGUACAGUAGCAAUUGGCGCUGUCAUCUUUUUUGUAGGUACUGGUGAAAAAGGUUUCAAAACAUUAGAAUUACGAUUAAUUGGCCCUACAUUAGUUGGCUGUGGUUUCUUGUGCUGUUUAGUGCGUAUACUAUUAUGUGUAUGUCCAUCACGUUGUUUUCGUCGAAAAAAGCGUAAACGAUGUCGUCAUAUUGGUAGUGGAAGUUCGCGCAGAUUUCGUAAUAGUAAUCAAAUGCCAAAUGAAGAUUUUCGUAUGGCAGAUCAUAAUACAUCAUUACUUAGAAAACAACAACAGACUAAUAAAAAACGGGUAUCGAUUGCAACCGGUUUAAAUAAUAGUAGACCGAUUGCAAGUACAUCACAAAAUAUUGCGACCACAUCAUUAUUUUUACAAAAUGAACAACAAACAAAUGUAGUGCCGAAACCAAAGAUACCAACAAUAGGGGUACCCCAUUUAAUUGAAGUUAGUGAAAUAAGUGAUCUAAAUAAACAAACAAUUAAAACUAAUAAUAAUAGUUCAUUACCAAAAGCUGAUUCAAUUAUUGAAUUACAAAAUUUAGAAAUGUAUGAUGAUGUAAGCAGUGUUUCAUCAUCUAGUGAUAAUGAAAAUGAUAAAACUAUUAAACAAAAUACAUCAACAACAAUAUGUAAAGUGGAUGUGAAUAAGGAUAGUGAUAAUAAUACGUCUAUAUCUAAAUCGAAAAUAAAUCGUAAGCGUGAACCAUUAAAUCAACAGUCACAAGCAAUUAGUUCGACGACAACAUCAGCGACCUCAACAUCAACAAGUACGUCGAUAAUGGAAACAAGUUUGUCGUUAACAACAACUACCCCUUCCUCAUUAUUCCAUAAAAGAAAUGAGUUAACUAUAAAUGUUCAACCAGAAACGUCUGGUGUACAUCGUAACGAAAUUAAAAACCCCACAACAAUGGUAAAUAAAACACCAACACCUGGUGAAAUAGUUCUAAGCCCUUCUAAACUUGGACAGUGA